AUGUCUGACGAGUUCGCGACCCUGGUUCGACAUUACCAGCUGGCAGGGCCCAAAGCAGUGAAGACAAUAGUACUGCCUCAUGGAUGUUUGUUCACCGUGCCGCAGGCUGCCAAGGUGGCCAACGCAGGGAAUACCUCCAAGGCAGACGACCUGGAGAUGCGCCUGCCGGAUGGCCUGCCCUUGAAGCAGGUGCAGAAAAACUGUGCUAGCGCAGUGAAUUCACCUCAUCCGCCGAGCGCAGUAAUGCUUGAGUCGCAGGGAACGGAUGGUUAUGACCCCACGAAGCAGGCCGUGGAACAGCGGCCAUGGCGCUUUAUAACAGCUCACUGCAUGGCUCAGAUGUCCUUCCCAGAGCACAUCUGUCGCCUGAUGGCGGCGCUCUGA